GAUUUGACAAUUUUGACAUAAAUACGUGACUACAGUGAUGCUAUGUUGUACUUAUGCCGUGAUGCCGUGUUCUUUAAUAAAUUCAAUUUAAUCAGACAUUUCUUUUAUUUUAUUUAGUGACAAUAUUAUUAACAUUAUAUAAAAUAAGGAAAAUUGUCAUCUCCGUACCUAUAUAAGUGUUACAAAAAGCAUUAGAGAUUUUGCAAUGAGUUCAAGACAUCGUGAGCGCGACAGAAGUCGUUCUAGAUCCCGUGACCGAGAGAGGGAUAGGCAUAAGGAACGAGACCGUGAGAAGACCAGAGACCGAGAUCGCGACAAGGACCGAGAGCGAGACCGGGACAGGGACCGUGACCGCGACCGGGAUCGCGACAGGGAUAGGGACCGCGACCGGGACCGACAUCGCUCUAAGAGGGACAAGGAGCGAGAGCGCAGCCGGAGCCGCGACCGCCAUAAGGACAAGCGCCGGAGCCGCACUCGCUCGCGCACCCGGAGUCGCAGUCGCAGCCGGAAGUCUAAAGACAGAGAUGGGACAAUAGCCCUGCUGGACCAGAUGGUUGGCACCACAACGAAGGCUACAGCCCGGCAGGUGACCAGCAACGGAGCCAUCAACCCCGCCACACAAGCUGCCAUCCUCGCCGCCGCAGCCGUCGCACAGACGUUUGUGGCGCAGCGGCGCAUGGCGGCGCCCGUGCAGCCGGCCGCGGCCGCCGCCGCCGCGCUGUCGGCCGCCACGGCCAUCCCGCCGCCCACCUCCGUGCAGCAGAAGCUGGAGCUGCUGCAGGCGCGCGCCGACAGCCGCUACCGGCCCGAGCGGCCCGAGCGCGCGCACGACUACCACCCGGACGACGACCAGGACGACGGCCUGGGCCCGGCCGGCGAGACGGCGGCCGAGCGGCGCGCGCGGCGCCGGCGCACGCGCUGGAUGGGCUCGGAGCACGACAAGACGUUCAUCCCCGGCCUGCCCACCGUGCUGCCGUCCACGCUGACGCGCGAGCAGGAGGAGCAGUACUUGCUGCAGCUGCAGAUCGAGGAGGUGUCGCGCAAGCUGCGCUCCGGGGACCUCGGCAUCCCCGCCAACAUCGAGGAGAGGUCUCCGUCGCCGGAGCCCAUCUACUCGACGGACGGUAAGCGCCUCAACACGCGCGAGUACAGGACGCGGCGCAAGUUGGAGGAGGAACGACAUCGCCUCGUCACACGCAUGCAUCAGAUCAACCCCGACUUCAAGCCGCCGCCCGACUACAAGCCGCCCAUCAUCCGCGUGCACGAUAAGGUGAUGAUCCCGCAGGAGGAGCACCCCGACAUCAACUUCGUAGGCCUCCUCAUCGGACCGCGCGGGAACACGCUCAAAGCCAUGGAGAAGGAGACUGGCGCCAAGAUAAUAAUCCGCGGCAAGGGCUCCGUGAAGGAAGGCAAGGUGGGCCGCAAGGACGGACAGCCCCUGCCCGGCGAGGACGAGCCGCUGCACGCCUACAUCACCGCCACCAACGCAGACUGUGUCAAGAAGGCCGUCGAGAAGAUCAAGGAGGUCAUCCGUCAGGGCGUGGAGGUGCCGGAGGGACAGAACGACCUCCGCCGCAUGCAGCUGCGCGAGCUGGCCCAGCUCAACGGCACGCUGCGGGAGAACGACGCCGUGCGCUGCGCCAACUGCUCCGCCACCGACCACAAGACUUGGCUCUGCCCGGACAAACCCAACGUCACCAACAGCAUCGUGUGCUCCUCGUGUGGCGGGGCCGGACACAUCGCGCGCGACUGCAGGGCCAAGCGGCCCGGGCAGGGCACGCUGCACUCCGCCUCCAACAAGGCCAAGAUAGACGAGGAGUACCUGUCGCUAAUGGCGGAGCUGGGCGAGGCGGCGCCGGGAGGGGGCGCGGGCGGGGGCGCGGGGGGCGCGGCACGUCGCUUCGGCGCGGGCCUAUUCGCGCCCCUCGCCCCGCCGCGCCCCAUUAUGGCGCCCCCCCUCGCACGAGAGCUGGCGGGCGCCUUCCCGCCCCCGCCGCCGCCGCCGCCGGGCGCGCCCGCGCCCCCGCCCGGUGCGCCCCCACCCGGGGCCCCCGCGCCCCCGCCGCCCUCCGCUGCGCAGGCGCCCUGGCUCGGUGCGGGGGCGCAACCUCCAGUGCCGGGUGCUCCGCCCCCGCCGGGCGCCGCUCCGCUGCCUUCCUACCCGCCACCGCCGCCGCCGCCGCACCAGGGUGACGGCAAGAUGGGCCCCCCGCCAGCAGUGGGCCCCGCCGGGCCUCACAUGCCGCCUCCGCCGCCGGGCAUGCUGGGGCUGGGCUGGCGCGGCGCGUACAACCCGCCGCCGUGGGGCGCGCCGCCGCCGCCCGCCUUCCUGGCGCCGCCGCCGCCGCCGCCGCCCGCCUCGCAGGACUAGCGCCCGCGCCACCUACUGUCUGUUACUAAUAAAUAAAUAAGUGCUACUUGACGUAAAAAUCGUCAUAACGAUAAUAUAAUAUCUUACAAAAUUCAUAGAAAAUUAAAUAUAGUUUCUGACGUGUUCAAAAAAAAGGACUAGUAGGAAACUAGCCUGUUGAAAACAAAAUAAAACAAUAAUUUUACGGCAUUUAUCUAUUUUGUUCGUACAACUCUAAUGCACGUAUGAAGUUGAUCAACACAAUAUGGAUUUAUCUGUUGCCGAGCAUUCAUUAACUGCCGGAAGGAAACUGUUGAAGGCAAAUCGUCCGCUAUGCGUCGGUCACCAAUGUCCGGCGUGGCGAGGAAGUUAAUUAGUUUUUCUAGUCUACUUGCCGUCAUCUAGCUUACGAACCAUCAAAAGUAACUGAUUUUAUUAACCACUCUAACGUCCAUGGAUAGCAUGGUAUCCAAAAAAAGGAGCGUCAUACGUCCAUGGAUACUAUAGUAUCCAAAGCGACGAGUUCUGUUUAACUCCCUCUAGUUUAAAAUACGGUCUUGUUUGGUGAGUUUUGACUGAUUAUCUAUACAGCUGAAUAAAUUGUUCGACGAAAAAAUAAGACAUGGCGUUGUAAUAUGCUUUAACAAACAAAAUAUAAAUUUUUAAAGUUAGUUGACUCGUUUUUGAAGUGUUUUUGUGAGUUCCAACAAUUAUGUCGUAAAUACUACAGUUUUGUUUAAUUUAUCUUGCAAGUGUUAUACAUCAAAAUAAACUAGAAGAUUUGUGCUUUACGAUGAUGUAUAAAUAUCACAGUUUUAGCUGAUAAAUCUAGUCUAAUUUUAACUUCAAACGAUUGUUGUUUCGAAAAAAAUGGCCGGUCUGGUGUUGGCCACUUUUAGUUUUGUUUAUACAUAUUUUACAUACUUUGCAUUACAAUAGUAUAUAAAAUAUCGAAAUACAUUUCGUAAUAAGCAAAAUAAUACAUUUUUCAAAGAGAAAUAUACUAAAUUCAUUGAAGAUUUCAUAAUAAUGUCAAUGUGUUCCUCAGGUUUUUUGAUGUGUAAAAUUACGAGUAGUGUUUUCUUUCGAUUUAAUUACAAUACUUAGAGUUAACCGAAUAUAAUCAUAUAUACAUCAAAAGAAAGGGUAAUGAGUCUAGUUUGCUGUAAAAAUAUUUUAUUGAUAAAAUAUGCAAUAGUUGUGCCGUAUAUUCUAAAAAGGUAAAAAUAAUUCUGUUUUUUUUUCUGUGUUUCAUGUUUAACCCGUUUUAUUGUAUUUUAAAGAUUAACUAAAGAUUUAAAAAAAUCAUUAAGAUUGAUCAGUAUUCUUCAAUCUUUUUUUUGGUAUUCUUUUCUUUAUUCUAGGCAUUACGGUUCAGUAGCGAGAUAGGUUUUUUGUUACGACGAACUUGCGAGUCGCGCGCGGUUCGGAUGCCGUGCGCGGCUGGACGUUAGAGAGAUAAAAGGUCGCGCGGGCCGGACGUUAGAGUGGUUAAAGCCGUCAUUACAGACAUUAGCCGUGUCACAUAGAGCAGCGACAGAAGCGAUAUGAAGUAUCAUUUUUAUGAAAUAAUAAAACAAGUCAAAUUAUAAAAACUUUCGUUUUAUUCGGAAUUUGUCUAAUUUAAAUAAAAUACAUUACACUUGUCAGUCACAAUAGAUCGAUGUGAACACGAAAUUAAAUCAUUAAAUGCACAAAAUAUAUCUAACUCUUAUUUCACACUACUGGAGAU